AUGAAUAGCAACCAUAAGUUUCAACAGCAGCCUGGCUUGCCCUCGCAGCAAAUUUUGCUCCAGCAACUACAACAGCCCCAGGGCAACCAGCCUAGUCAGCAGCAGCAGCAACAACAACAACAGCAACAGCAACAGCAGCAACCACAGCAACAGCAACAGCCCUUGGGACACUACUCUGGUCAGAGUCAGGUUUUCAAUCAGCACCCACAAUUGUCUCAGCAGAAGUUUGUAAACCAGCAGACCAUGCUGCAACCUCCAAGUCUGGGCAUGCCCAUGACAGGUGGUAACCAAGGCUUUCCAGCGCCAGUCAAGGUCAAUUCCAUUAACGUGGAUGACCCAAAUACGGUGUAUUGGCAGAACCAGGUGCAAUUGUGCCAAUUGUCCAGAAGCGAAGACAUUCCGCACUUUUAUGCCAGGCAAUAUGCUCAAAACUCUCGGAAAAACAAGAAUCCAUACGGUGAUGUGAAGGCCGUUACUUUAAUUGACGCCACUAAAACCGUUGUAGCUGCGUUGGAUGAGCAAGAGAAGCAGCAAAGUGCUGCGCAGGCUUCUGCGGCGUUGAUGCGCAACAAGAAAGUCGAUUUGGAGGAAGAUGAAGAGCAGAGAAUGAUGGCCCGCACACAAGGGAAGCAGUUGUGGUGUCAUUUGGAUCUCUCUGGCCAGGGUUUGCUCAAUAUUUCUCCGAAGCUUUUUCAGUACGAUUUCUUGGAGUCUCUUUACUUGAACAAUAACAAACUCACCACGGUUCCCACAGUGAUCAAGAAAUUGCGUGGUUUGCGUGUCCUUGACUUGUCUCACAACCGUAUUUCUGAGGUGCCUGGUGAAUUGGGAUUAUGUUACAACUUGCGUUAUUUGUACUUGUUUGACAACAAUAUCAAAACGUUACCCAACGAGUUCCGUAACUUAAUCGAGUUGUUGUUCUUGGGUAUUGAGGGCAAUCCGAUUGACUUGAAGAUUGCCAACUUGAUUGCUGAAAAAGGUACUAAGGAGUUGAUCAGCUAUUUCAGAGAUAUGGAGCCCACUUAUCCAGAACCUAAGCCAAGACAAUGGCUUUUGUUGAAGGAAGAUGGUGAGAUCAUUGAUCCGGUGACCAAUCCUGGUAUCUACAGUGAAGACCUCAUGAAUUCGGACUCUCAUGAUACUUUCACAUUGUUGACAUACAACACGUUGUGUCAGCACUAUGCCACCACGAAAUUGUACAAGUACACUCCAUCAUGGGCCCUUGACUGGAACUUCAGAAGAAACUCAUUGAAGGAGGAGAUUGUCCGAUUAGGCACUGAUGUGAUCUGUUUGCAGGAAGUUGAAACGAGAACGUUCCACGAGUUCUGGGUGCCUGUUAUGGAAGCUAUUGGAUACAAGGGAUACUUCUUCAGUAAGACCAGAUCUAAAACUAUGAGCGAGCUGGAGUCUAAGAAAGUGGAUGGCUGUGCUACGUUCUACCGCAUGUCCAAGUUCCAAUUGGUUCAAAAGCAGCACUUGGAAUACAACACUGUAUGCAUGGGAUCUGAUCGUUACAAAAAGACCAAAGAUUUGUUCAAUAGGUUCAUGAAUAAGGACCACAUUGCGUUGAUUACAUACCUACAGCACGUUGAGACAGGGGAGAAGAUUGUCAUUGUCAACACGCACUUGCAUUGGGAUCCAGCAUUCAAUGACGUUAAGGCAUUGCAAGUUGGUAUUUUAUUGGAAGAGUUGCAGGUGAUCAUCAAGAAGUUUCUCCACACAAACAGCAUGGACGAUGUGAAGAACUCAUCGUUGAUCAUUUGUGGUGAUUUCAAUUCGACCAAGAAGAGUGCAGUGUACCAAUUGAUCUCAACCGGAUCUGUCUCAAACCACGAAGAUUUGCACGGCAGAGACUAUGGUCGUUUCACGGAUGAGGGAUUCCACCACAACUUCAAGUUAAAGUCCGCUUACGACCACAUUGCCUCUGACUUUCCCUUCUCCAACUUUACCCCCACAUUUACCAGUGAGAUUGAUUACGUGUGGUAUUCCACAGGCACUUUGCAAGUCAAGGGCUUGUUGGGUAAGGCAGAUGAGGAAUACUCUUCGCACCAGGUGGGUUUCCCAAGUGCACACUUCCCAUCCGACCACAUCCCAUUGGUUACCAAAUUCCAAAUUCGCAAGAAAGGGUCUGUGGCAGCCAACAAGAAGACCGACUUCAAGCCGGACUUCAAAUCGGGUUCCUCUAGAAAAACCUAA